ACUUUUUCCCAUUGACUGUAGCAGCAGUUAAACUGAAACGGUCAUUCAUUAAACUUACUGUUUACAAGCAGAUCGAGAAAGAAACACAUUUAUUUGUCUACGCUAAACAAAGGGAAUUACAACCGUGAAGACUCGUCAUCAACAACCGACCGGUAUUAAUGUUUGAGACUAUUCUGCAUUCAACAUGGAUUUCACUAUCGCUUUGUCGAUUGUCGGGGCAACACGUAAAUCUGCUAUGUAUUGAUAAAUGCAUCUAGGACGUUACCCGGCGUCCAACGUGGGCGUCGAAAGGAGGAGCUUAUCUUCUGAGUGGCAGCCCUUCGGGACAUGGAAAAUCAUUCGUAUGCUUAGACUCCUCCUCGCGGCGGAAACUAGAACGAAACCGAUCGGGAUGUUCCUGAUCUUUCAGUUCCGAGUCUUCGCGUGUCGGCGAACGUCGUAACACGCACGAUCCGUAGCCCUAACAAAAAAGAAUCAAACAGUUUGUGAACUGCCAUUUCAUUCCCAUCUGUUGUCACCAGUUGUGCGUUUUUGCUUUAUAAUACUCUUAUCUAAAAAAAAAAAGAACAAGCCUGAACUCAAAUCCAUCUUUGCGCUGCAUAUCGUUAUUAUUCGUAGUGUACGCUGAUGACCAUUACCAACAGCACCAUCCGAUCAUGAAUGGUCGAUCAUAAGCUACAAGAAGGUUGAACAUGGUCACAGGAGCUCCAGCUCCCGAAUUGACCCUCGUAGAAUAUGCACAAACUAGGCAAAGGCUUGAAGAAGAAGAUCAAAGGCAAAAAGGGCAAAGAGAAAGAGGACGAUUUGUUUGAUCCGGCUAUCCUUGAGCAGUACCGUCGUGACAAGGCCGCAGCCGCCGCAGCAGCAGCCGCCAAAGCCGCCGCUUCUGGAGAAGAUUUCGACCCAUCAGCUGAAGAAAACGGUUCACCCACAGCAGCGAACGGAGCCACCUCAUCCGCAGAGCCUGGUGCUGACAAGAAAGAUAGCGAAGAGUGGGAAAAAUUCAAACUUCUCACAUCAGGUGUUGAUACGAUACUUCAAAAAACACAAGAGGAUUUAGGGCGAAUAAAGAAGACUAGCUAUUACCAGAGGAAUAAGAAACCCGAGACACCCACUCCUGGUGAAGAAGCCAAGCCAAUCGUCGCAACAUCGUCAUCACCCGGUAAAAGCUCCGGCGCUAAUAAUAGUGAACCGACUGGUUCCAAAACUAAAUGGAUCGGCUUUGAGGAGGGCAACAAAUUCAAAGAUCUAAACGAGGAAGAGGCUGAAGCUGAUCAAAGCCGUUCUGCCACAGCGACACAGCAAUCAGCUGUAGCCAAAGAAGUUGCCGAUCGCCAGCUUGAGGAACUCGGCCAAGAUUUUGAAGAACAAAACGAAGAGGAAGACGACGAGGACAUAUUCAACACUGAAUACGUAGACGUGGCAACCAGUGGUGAAUUGAAGCUCGCAUACGUUCCCGACAGUCCAACACUUGAAGCUCCAGGUGACGAUCCUUUUGACACAUCCGACGUCGAAAAGCUUGUUGGCCCGCUUCCCGUUAUCAAAAAGAAAAAAGCUCUUGUCAGCAUCGGAGCCGCCGUUGAGAUCCUGACUGCUGCCAACGCUGCUGAUCAACAACAAAAACAACAUCAUCAAUUGUCUACAGCCAACCGACAACGGAUCGCUCAACCUCCCACUGAGAUCCAGUUACUUUGUUGUUUCGACGAUAACGAGUUCGAUCAGAAUCAGACGGGGAAUUCAGCAGCAGUAACGCCAUUGGCUAAUCAUACAGAGAGUUCCAGCAGUGCGCAACAAACACCGCACAGACAAGUACCUCCUGCAAGUGGUGAAGCCGGCUUGAAGGACAUCCUCGCUGAGUUCGACGUUAUCCCAGAUAGUGCCGAGCCAAUCGACGACGACUUUGUGAAGCCUCCCAAGACAAGCCCAGUUGUCAAGCCGAAAAAGCCAGAGCUUCUCGACGAAGAGGAUUUCGAAUUUGAAGCCCUCGCGUACGAGUCAUUGGCUAAACAACCACUUCCGCAAGAAGAAGAAGAGGAAGAGGACGACCCCUUUGACACUAGUUCCGUCGAGAAAGUGUUGAACAAGGAUCCAGUCGUAAUCGGUACUCCUUCUAGGAAACCACCUCCAUCGAGGCCGGCUGCUCCUCCUACGCGUCCUCCCCCUUCGGUGGCGGCUAUUGCAGCCAUAGCGGCUGCAAUCGAUCGGUCGGCUAGUGCUCCAACUCGUCCACCAGUCCCAAGCAAUCCGACAGUGCCAAGUCUUCAAGCCCGAGACUCAUUUGACGCCCUCUUUCUUGACGAAAGUCCAACCGAGAAGGAGAAGCUAACGGUGCCCAAGCUUGACAGUCCUUUACAGGUUUCUGCUGGUGAUCCUUUCGACACGUCAGCUGUCGAUUCAUUCGAUACAUCUACCAUCGAUCCGUUCGAUACCUCUGCGAUCGAUCCAUUUGACACUUCGGCUGUCGGCUCAUUUGACAUUUCCGCUCCUGGAAGUUUAUCCCACCCAUCGCUGCUUCCGGCUGAAACCCAUCUACAGGUGACAUCAUUCGUGGUCGUUGAAGAUUCGCCAGUUAACGACGAAGUCGAUCCUUUUGACACUUCAGCAGUUGAGAAAAUCUUAAACUAA